GAAUCCAAUCAUUGAGCCCACUGGAAAACCCAACCCUAAAAUCACCGUUAUACAACACGCCCACACACCACAUACCUUUUUACCCUCGCCAAGUCGCCAAACCCAACUUAGAGGGAGUCCGAUGAAGCGCGACGGAGGCAGGAGGGUCCCAGGAGGUAAUACUAGGGGCAGGGGAAGUGGAGGAAUGAAGGGCAAUAGCAUGGUUGUGGUGGAGCCUCAUAGACAUGAGGGAGUGUUCAUUGCGAAGGGUAAGGAGGAUGCCCUUGUCACUAAGAAUAUGGUCCCUGGUGAAUCUGUCUACAACGAGAAAAGAAUUGAUGUUCAGAAUGAAGAUGGGACAAUGGUUGAGUAUAGAGUGUGGAAUCCAUUCUGUUGUAAGUUGGCUGCUGCUACUCUUGGAGGGCUUGAUGAAAUUUGGAUUAAACCGGGUGCACGUGUUCUCUACCUUGGAGCUGCAUCAGGAACAACAGUUUCUUAUGUUUCUGACAUUGUUGGCCCUACUGGGGUUGUCUAUGCCUUGGAGUUUUCACAUAGAAGUGGUAGAGAUUUAGUGAACAUGGCAAAGAAAAGGACCAAUGUUAUACCCCUUAUUCAAGAUCCCCGACAUCCUGCAAAAUACUGAAUUUUAGUUGGCAUGGUAGAUGUUGUAUUUUCUGAUCUUGCUCAUCCGGAUCAGGCAAGGAUAUUAGCAUUGAAUGCCACCUACUAUCUGAAACCAGAAGGGCAUUUUGUCAUUUCCAUAAUGGCGAACUGCAUAGAUAGCACUGUACCUGCUGAGGCGGUGUUUGAGCAGGAGGUUAAAAAACUGCAAGCAGAGGAAUUCAAGCCAAUGGAGCAGGUAACACUUGAACCGUUUGAGCGAGACCAUGCUUUUGUUGUUGGGGGAUACAGGAUGCCAAAGAAGCAAAAGCCAACAUCCUAGAAAACUAGUUGGGCACAGUUUUGGUUCCAUUAUCUUAGAUGUCAAGUUUAUGUUCUCUCAAAGAUUGUUAAUGUUGUGCAUAAUCAACCUUGCUUUGGCACUUUCCUAAAAAAACUUAGCUUAGGUACUUAAAGUUCGAAUAUAACUGCUUUAUAUAA